AUGGCGGAUGCUCGGGCAAUCUUCGACAGGCUUCCUCGUUAUGAUGCGGUGUGCUGGACGGCACUGAUACUCCGCUACGCGGAGAGCGACGAGACCGAGCUAGCUUUGGAGCUCUUCUGGUGCAUGCAACGAGAAGUAGGCUGUCUUCCGAGCUCUCGGACGAUUGUCACAGCACUGGUAGCUUGCACGGGACUGGCAGCGAAGGAACAAGGUCAGCAGAUUGAUGGAAAGCUCGUGAAAGUCUCGUGUUUGGACAAAGGCAUGGCCAUCCACUGUGAAGCUGCGAAGUUCGGGUGGGAUUGUGACGUAUUCGUAGCCAGCAGUCUCGUCGACUUUUAUGGGAAGUGCGGAAGCGUGCUGAAUGCGCGGCUUACCUUUGACAGAAUGCCGCGGCAUGACAGGGUGGUGUGGACAGCGAUGAUCCAGGCCUGUGGAGAGAAUGGAGAGGAUGAAGCGGCAGUGGAGUUAUUCCAUUGCAUGGAGACUCGGGGGCUGCUGCCAAACGCUUGGACCUCUGUCGCUGCGCUGAGUUCCAUUGCUACUGUGGCUGCUGCAAUGGAAGAAGAGGACUGCGUGGGGACGGACUACUUGGAGAGGGUGACGAGCAUCCACUCUCGCUGCCGAGACGUCCACUUUUAUCAUGGAGAACACGCUGAUUGA